AUUCAUAAGGAGCAGAGCUCCCAAAGGAGGCGUCACAGCAGGAGCCGGGGCGAGGGACGGCGCAAGGAACUGAGCUCAGAUCCCCUUCGUGUGCCUUCCGCUUGAGACGGCAGGUUGAAGAAACGGUUUGUCGUGGCCCUUGCUGGAAAAAGGCGCGUGGGGAACUCACCUCAAAGGCAAGGAGGAGACAACGCUCCCAGACGGAAUAUUAAGGCAGGAAGCCAAAGCAAUGUCUCAGGUCAUACCCAGCCACGUGCUACGGGUCGGCCAGACGAUACGUGUUGCAUCCCAGGAAGAAAGCAGGAGCUUACAGCCAGCCGGGAGCGCCUGCUGCUCCAGCUUGACUACAAAAUGUUCUUAUUAUUCAGCCGAGGGUUGGCUCAGCCAGCCUAUGAUGGCCCAAAGCAAAGCACAUCUGCUGCCCAAUGGGGGCCUGCAUGGAGCUAACUCGAAUGCCGUGUUCACACGCGUGGCCUCUCCCGCCCCCGGGAAAGAGCAGCAGGUUGCCUCUAUGGAAAGAGCCAGUCCCACACAUCGGCCAGAGGGCGAAGAGGAGACCAAGGGGAAUCCCCAGGCUAAUCCAGUGUCUCCGACCCUGGACGUGUCCAUAGAAAGCCUGAACCAACUGAUCCUAGACAUCGACCCGACCUUCCAGCCCCUCCUGCUCAAACCAGAGCGCAGCAAGAAGCACACUGCCCAACCCACGUCUCCUGGCUACGCGGCUGCGAGCGAGAAACCAGACCCCGAUUCGUUAGAGAUCAAGUACAUCGAAAUGACUCCCACCCGAGCCAAGAGCCACGAAUCACUGCAGGGCUCGGCCAGUCCUUGCGUCACUCCGCUCUCCAUGUCACCCCAAGGCAGCUGCUUCCUGCUAGCCCGGGACAACUGCACCCCGAAUGGCAGUCUUAUCUUCUCGAGCCCCUCCAGGCCUGACAGCAACCGGGCAGCUCCUCAGAAUCAGCCCCCCCCUGGGAGCUCCCCCCAGACCAGCUACAGAGCGUCUGAAUGUGUGUCCAUCCCGCAGCGUGGUCAGAAGGACUGCAGCUCCUACAGGCCAAAUACUCUCCUGGCCACCUCUCCCGGCCUGGAGAGUUUGCGGAAGGCUUUGUCCAUUGGGCGGGCUCAGCAGAGAACCAGCAGGGUCUCCGUGCUCUCCACGAGCCCGGGAUCAGACACCAGUUACGUGCUUGGAAGCAGCACCCAGUCGCUUCUCAACGAUGACUCCGACUCUUACCAACCUGCCCACCGAUCAGCGGAAAGCCCCUUAUCUGUCGGCUCCUUCGGCAGCCCUUGUCUCGCCUCCCCCGGCGUUCAAGUCAAUCGUUUUGGAGAUGCCUUUAGCCCGGGUUCCAGUUCCAGCAAAGUGAACAACUCUUCCUCCCCGCCACUCCAGAAGGGACACGCCAGCAGCUGUCCCCCGUCCAUCGUUAACUCCCUGGCUGAUAUCCCCAUACUGCUGGUCAACGGAUGUCUGGAACAUGGCGAGACGUCUCCCAGGAUGGGCAAAGACUUCCAGGGUUCCGUCAAGCAGACAGUUCCACCCAGUUCCAGCUCCUCCUCAGGGAUAAACAGCUUGACUAAGACCUCUUCUGAAACGUCUCUCUCCUUCUCCCCGGACGGUUCCUCCAAAGAUGGUGAGCCAACCAUGAAGUUUGUGAUGGACACAUCAAAAUACUGGUUCAAGCCGAGCAUUACAAGGGACCAAGCAAUCCAACUUCUGAAGGAGGCGGAACCAGGCGCUUUCCUCAUGCGGGACAGCACGUCGUACCGCGGGUCGUUUGGGCUGGCGAUGAAGGUUCUCAGCUCACCAUCCGGCUGCAAGACAGGUGAUGACAGCAGCGACCUGGUCCGACACUUCCUCAUUGAGUCAUCUGCCAAAGGCGUGCACCUUAAAGGGGCCAGCGAGGAGCCCUAUUUUGGGAGCCUGUCUGCCUUCGUCUACCAGCACGCCAUGACUGCACUAGCGCUGCCCUGCAAGCUGGCCAUCCCCACACGAGAUUUUGCUGGUGGAGAAAAUAGCUCUGAGACCCCCCUGGAAGCUGCAAUUUCUGCAAUGAAGAAAACUGCUGCCUGCAACGUCUUGUACCUCAGCUCGGUGAGCGUGGAGACGCUGACCGGCGCCUCGGCGGUUCAGAAAGCUGUCGCCUCCACCUUCGAACUGGAGACGCCGCCCACGCCCACCAUCGUUCACUUCAAAGUGACUGAGCAAGGGAUAACCCUGACUGACGUCCAGCGAAAAGUGUUUUUCCGACGGCACUAUCCCCUCGCUGCCCUCAGCUUCUGCAGCAUGGACCCUGAGAACAGAAAGUGGCAAAAGUACUGCAAGUCUUCACGGAUCUUUGGCUUUGUAGCCAAAAGCCAAACGGAUGCCGAGAAUUUCUGUCAUCUCUUUGCCGAGUACGACACCGUGCAGCCGGCUUCUCUUGUCAUUGACUUCAUCAGCAAACUCCUCCCAGAGCAGUAGCUGAUGCAAACCUGCGGAGAAGCUGUUGCUGCCAGUACCUGGAUGCCGCUGAGCCGCUUCCUACUGUUCCAUUGCUGCUUUGUUGCAUUUUGGCAACUGCUCCUAUUUAUAACUUUUGUUACGUACUUUGAUGUCCAGCGUUUCAGAGGAAGGUUUUACACUCCCUGCUCAGUCCUGGGAGCCUCUGAUGGGAUCAGAGCUCAUUCAAAAGCUCUGAUGAGGAACCACAUGGAAAUGCCGAAUGUCUUACAUGUAUAUAUCGCAGCCUGCAGGAAGCCACAGCAGGUCAGAUGGUGGAUGAGUGUGCGAGAGGUUGGAUUUGCCUUGCCAAGUUAUUUGCUCACUCAUGGGGGGUGAGUAAUUUUGUUCUUUAACAGGCAGGGAAAAUAUUGGGGCCAAGAUUUUUGAUAGUGAUGCCUUGAUUUCUGGGUGCCCAAUUUGAGACCCUUACAGGGGUCUGAGCUCCCACCCUCCAAACGUGCGGGUUAGCACUGCCCGAGCUCACAGAUGUCUUGUGAGGAUAAAUGGUGCCCUGCUACCAUGGUACCAGGGGCCAGGCGAGGACCUUCCGUAGACGGAUGGACCCUUCUCAGUAGCCUCUGGGUGGAUUCUGCAAAUCAAGGCACCUACAAUCACAAGCUGCUUCUGAAAAAUCUUGGCUCCCUACAUUUUCGUGACCAAAAUGUCAGGCAAAGCAGAUUUUUUUGGCCAGGGCUGGUAAAUUUUUGUGCCAUUUUUGCUGGACUGGCCUGGAUCAAAAUAUCCAGACCAUGACGAGCGGAGAAAUAAACACUGACGUUUUCAUGACAGAAAACGUAUUGGCUUUUUGGAGGAGACUGGGCCAGAUCCUCAGCUGAUGUAAAUUGGCGGCGCCUCCUUCUGGGGCGCUCCCCGUGCUGAAGGAAGCAGGUGACUCCAGUAGGUAAGAGGCCCAAUUGGGAGCCAGGAGAUCUGAGGUCUAGUCCCCGUCCCCUCCUCACUCAAUGGCCAUAACCUGAAGGUCUCGUCCCUUCGGCGCAUGAGGAGAUGAGUCAGGGAACUGAGCUAGGGAGUCGGGGCUGGGAAAUCAGCUUGACAUGAGUGCACAGUAACGCAAUCUGCUUUACCCACUCGAUACGCCAAAAUCCGGGGCAGUCGGCUUGUUCGUGUCUCUGCAUUGGCCGACUGCUGCAUUUUCCCUGCGCUAGUUACAUAGGAGUAACAUGGUCCAAAAGCACCAGGUUGGGUAACUCUUCGGCCAGGGCUCAGGUGGGCAGCCAGGUCUAGUGGUUACAGCCCUGGACUGGGACUCUGGAGACUUGGGUUCUACUCCUGGCAGCCAAUGACCUGCUGUGUGACCUUGGGCAAGUUCCUCCACCGCUCUGUGCCUCGGUUUCCCCUGCUGCUCUUUGCCUGUCUUUGAUAGAAUGGCGGCGCCCGUUGGGCCUUGGGGCCCCAUUGUGCUGCAGUCUCUGUGGGGCAGGGCGACCUCUCGCUCUGAACUGCACUCAGCACACACAGGCCCCAGACUCAGGGCAUUAAAUUCAUGUCUAGCCGAGUCAGAUGCAAGCGAGUCUAAAACGAGGCAGGAGCCUUAGAACUCCAGGGAAGCCGCCCUUGACCCAGCGCGCUCAUUUCUGUGUAACAGCCAGGGGCGGGUGGUUCUGAGCUUAGACGGCCAGUGAAGCUAUUUAAGAGAUGGAAUCCGCUAGAUCUGUUGUUUUGCAAGAACAGAUUUCAAAGGGCUCCGUUCUGGCCGGGUGAGCCACUGCUCAGGACUCUCCGGUGGCUGAGUGGAGAGGCUGUGGGAUGGAUUCCCUCUAGUUCCGAUUCCUUGGGAGCUGCAAAACAGGGCAUCAAACGCUGGUCUUCGGAGCCCACGCUGAGCACCAGGGCCGACGGGGGGCGGGGGAAGCCGGUACAAAUUACCGGGGCCCAGCGGUCUGGAAGGGGGCCCGGGGCCUGGCUUCAUCAGCCCUGUUUAGCCAGCCUGCCCUUGCUGGGGGGGCCAAAAAAAUGUUUUCACUGGGGCCCAAACCCGCUCUCAGCGGCCCAGCUGAGCACCCCUAGCCAUGGCCCCACAGACCUCCAGCCUCGCCCAGAACUGGGGCUGCCCUGGUACCUGGCCCGUCUGCUGUUUCUCUGCACAGGCUUGAAUUUCACCCUAGCGGAAUAACGAGUCAAGGGGCUAAUUCCCUACAAAAGCUCCAUUGUCGUCUGCUCCCCAGAUGAGUCUCUUUUGAGGCCAGGCCACGUGGCCAUCCCAACCUGGCCUUUUGGUACAGAGGCACUUUCUGCCGAGUCUAUAACACGUACAAGCAACGCCUGCUGGGUCUCCAGCCUCUCCGCUGAGGGGUUUACAAGGGAGCCACCGGCUGAAAAUUCCUCCGGUUUCUUUUUUGUUGUUGUUGCAAACAAAUAAAGAGCCACACGCAGCCCGAGUUUUGCAGCUGGAGUCGAGCGCCGAGGGAUGAGCGAGUUUAGAACACCAGGGGGCUCCAGCGAGUCGGCUUUUAUCUCCAGCCCCUUUUGCACAUCUUCUGGGAGUCCUAAGCCGGAGGAACGUCUGUCUGGCAGCUUCGCUGGUUAUUGUAAUGCUGUUUUGAUUAAACAAAAUUG